AUGGCUCGCAUCGCCCAAUUCUUCUCCUACCUCCACAGCAUCUUGAUCUCAGUGCCUCAGCAUGGUUAUCACAACAUAUCUCGCGUUGUGCAGCCGCAGAUUCGCAGCAUAUCGGAGAGCUUUACUGUACGCGUCGGUAAAGAUCCCAGCAAAAGCGGCAUUGAACUGCAGAACCUUAAGCCUAGGGACACAACAAAUGGCACAUGGAGAGUCGAAAACUCAAAGAGACAACGGCGGUGA